CUUUUGUGGAUCUUCAGUUGCUUCCGGCCAUCUGGAUGUACACGUGCAGGUCACUGGGGAUAUGAUGGCUUAGCUUGGGCUCAGAGGCCUGACAAUGUUAACAUACCUGAUGUUAGCAUAGCAUAUGUUUUAGUUUAGCUUAAUGCUACCUGAAUAUUUCUUUUGUCUGGUCAUAUACUUAUUUUAAAAAUAUGAAUAUUCUGUAUCUUUUGUUGUUGUUGUUUAGGUGUAUUGUUUUGACUUCCUAGAAGAGACCCCCAGGUAGAGUGGUACACUAGCUGCUACUAGUGCACCCAAGCCUGAGAAUCAGGAGAAGCCUCACAGUGAUACCCCCAACUGAGGAAACUCACGGAGCUGCAGGUAGAGCUGGGACAUACUCUACUUCUUUGGACAAAAAUAUACUGACUAGAGUGGAGUCCUUCUGGGGAUUCAGAAAGCCUGUGAAAGAUCUCACUUGUUUGAAAGUUCAAGUGUGAAUUACUCCCUCCCAGAUAAACCAAAGUGUUUUGAAAAACAAAGGGGAGAAAAGAAAUUACUCCCCAGCGCUCUCAGGCAUCUAGAGGACACCUAAGAACUUGGGAGUCAGCUACUUCUUGUGUGCAGCCAUGAAGUCUGCGCACUCCAGUCCCCAGAACACAAGUCAUACCAUCAUGACUUUUUACCCCACCAUGGAAGAAUUUACAGAUUUCAACAAAUAUGUUGCUUACAUGGAGUCCCAAGGCGCACACCGAGCUGGCCUCGCCAAGGUAAUUCCACCCAAGGAAUGGAAAGCCAGACAGAUGUAUGAUGAUAUCGGAGACAUCUUAAUAGCCACUCCCCUCCAGCAGGUGACCUCUGGACAGGCAGGGGUGUUUACUCAAUACCAUAAAAAGAAGAAAGCCAUGAGGGUGGCGGAGUAUCGCCACUUGGCAAACAGUAAAAAAUAUCAGACUCCACCACACCGGAAUUUUAGAGAUUUGGAGCGACAAUACUGGAAGAGCCACCCUGGUAAUUCAGCAAUUUAUGGUGCUGAUAUUAGUGGCUCCUUGUUUGAAGAAAACACUAAACAGUGGAACCUACGACACCUGGGAACAAUUCUGGACCUGCUGGAGCAGGAAUGUGGGGUUGUCAUCGAGGGUGUCAACACACCCUACCUGUACUUUGGUAUGUGGAAGACCACGUUUGCUUGGCACACGGAGGACAUGGACCUUUACAGCAUCAACUACCUGCACCUUGGGGAGCCCAAAACAUGGUAUGCAGUGCCCCCAGAACAUAGUCAGCGCCUGGAACGUCUGGCCAGGGGGCUCUUCCCGGACACUUCUCGGGGCUGUGAGGGCUUCCUGCGGCACAAGGUGGCCCUCAUCUCGCCAACAGUUCUCAAAAAGAAUGGGAUCCCCUUCAAUCGCAUGACUCAGGAGGCUGGGGAGUUCAUGGUGACCUUUCCCUAUGGCUACCAUGCUGGCUUCAACCAUGGCUUCAACUGCGCAGAGGCCAUCAAUUUUGCCACUCCACGAUGGAUUGAUUAUGGCAAAGUAGCUUCACAGUGUAGCUGUGGGGAGGCGAGGGUGACCUUUUCCAUGGACGCCUUCGUGCGCAUUGUGCAACCCGAGAGUUAUGAGCUCUGGAAACACAGGCAAGACUUGGCCAUUGUGGAUCACACAGAGCCCAGGGUUGCAAAAAGCCAAGAGCUGAGCAACUGGAGAGAUGAUAUAGUACUUAGAAGAGCUGCUCUGGGCCUGAGGCUUCUCCCAAACCUCACAGCCCGGUGUCCCACACAGCCUGUGUCCCCAGGGCACUGUUACAACCCAAAAGGUUGUGGCACUGAUAAUGUGCCUGGAUCUGCAUUCCAAAGCUCUGCAUAUCAUACCCAGACCCAGUCACUUACCCUGGGGAUAUCAGCCCAGGUUCUUCUCCCUUCCACUGGAAGCUGGGCUUCUUGUGGUCGUGGUCGUGGUCGUGGUCGUGGUCGUGGUCGUGGUCGUGGUCGAGGUCGUGGUCGUGGUCGUUGUCCUCGAGAACUGGGGACUGAGGAGACAACUGUUCAGCCUGUAUCCAAGAGGCGCCUUUUAAUGGGCACAAGGAAUAGAGCUCGAGGCCGCAGGCCUCAGCUCCAGCUUGACAAUGAUUUGAUGACAAAUCUGUCCUUUUGAGUGGUGGCCCUCCACAUCUUGCCAAGGGUUCUGGCUGCUGCUGUGUCCCUGAUCUUCAACUCCUGAGGCCCCCACUGGAUCCUGAUGAAACCAUGCACCCUGGCCCAUGCCUGCUAUCCCUCAACAGCACUACUAGUAAUCUCCCUGAUGUUGUCUGAAUGACUCCUCCCAAUGUCAUUGUGCCUUUGAUUAAGUUUUCCAGGGACACUGGUGGGGACUGGAAAUCCCUGGUGAACAUAGGCAAGGUUGUAGCAGUGGACCACUCUUAUGGCUCUAGGGUUCUGACCUCAACUAAGUUUUCCAGAAUCUCUUGGGCUCCUGACUCAUCUGCUGGGGCUAAAGACAGGCAGAGAUACAUCACUGAGUUUGGGGAUAUUUUCCUCUAAUGCAUGAUCAAUCCUCUGGACCCAUGGUUAUGGAAUAUGGUGACAAAUGUCAGUGUCUCUUAUUCCAUCCCCAGGAUCAAAGAAGAUUCUUGCCAAGGACAAUUGUAGCCUCAGCCUCUCCUCAGUGAAGAUUCUUUACCUGCAGUAACUGACACAUUUCCAAGGCCCCCAGAUACUGUCUCCAACUGUGACAACCAGGGCUUCCAGAGGCCACUGAACGCUCCUCCCAACAGGUUGCCAUAGGAUGUUGUGGAAACUCUCAGGGACUCUCUGUUUACUUCACAUUGUGCCUGUGGCCUCCACCAUGGCCUAGAUGCCAUGGACAGCACUUGUUUCUGAUGUCCCCCUUAGGAUACCUCCCUUACAGUGCUAUGAGUCCAGAUCCCAUGGUAAUUUGAGCCUACAGUGGAUGAUGCUGAGAAUCUGACUGAACCUCUCAUUUUUACUUCUCAUCUGGUCCUCUAUGUCUCUGACCCCGGAUUCCACUGGACAUUGCUACAGCCCCAGUGGGGUUCAGGGCUUCUCACAAUCCUUCAAUUGCAACAUGCCCUUUAUCCCAGGCCACCAUCCACUGCUCAUAUACAAACUAGACCUUUUGACCAACUGAGUUACUUAGCCAGUUAUGGCUUCAGAGAUAUUUUGUAACUAUACUGAUGUUAAUUAAAUUUGCUGUCUCUAAUGUGUAUCUCCAAAGAAAAUAAAAUUCUUAGUACAUGUUUUUUAAAUUAGAAUAUAAAAAAUAUAUAUCCAAAAGAAAGUGAUUUAGAAAAGAGAUUGAGAUAAAAGAAUGGGGAAACUAUACCAAACAAAGAACAAAGUAGCUUUACAGAUCUUAAUAUCAGGCAAACCUGAAUUGAGACCAAAGGUACAUAGCAUGGGUCUUCACAAUGCAAAAUACUAAAUUUCACAAUGAAAUUACAGCGGUCAUGAAUAUUCAAGUAAGUUCCACAAAGUAUAAAUUAUAGUAGGUAAAAGACAAGUUUAAAGAAACAGAUUAAAAAUAGGAACAUUUAAGUCACCAGUAUGGUUUGGAUAUGUGUUCCUCCCCAAAUCUCAUGUGGAAUUUUAAUCUCUAAUGUUGGAGGUGGGGCCUGGUGGGAGAUGACUGGAUCAUGGCGG